AUGUUCCCUUGGGGUAGCCUGACCCAGUUCUACACAGGUCUUCUCACACAGGGCCUAUCUGUGUUUGUGGGCCUGGACAUGUACAGUUUGUGGUAUGGAGUGGUGACACAGGGCCCCCCUCAGAAUCAGACAGACACGGCAGGCCAGUGUCCACCGUGGGUGAGUCGUCAGGUGGAAGAGCGUCAGACGGCCAGGCUGGGGCGGACGGUGCGGCUUGCGUGCCCCGUAGAGGGUGACCCUCCUCCCCUGGUGCUGUGGGUGAAGGAUGGGCGUAACGUCCACCCGGGCUGGAGCCGCUACCGGGUGCUAAAAAAGAGCCUGAAGAUCAAAGAGGUGGAGCUGGGGGACGCGGGGGUGUACAUGUGCCGUGUCACCAACGGCUUCGGAAGUAUCACGCUCAACUACACCCUCAUCGUCAUGGAUGACACAGCAGCGAGCCAGACAGACGCUCCACCUGCCGUAGUGGAACCCAAUGCUGAGCUCACCCAGCUUGACCCUACAGGAGAGCCCUGGGUGAAGCCUCGGUUUAGUCAGCCCACUAAGAUGCGCAGGCGGGUGCUGUACAAGCCGGUGGGCAGCUCAGUGAGGUUCAAGUGCCAGGCCAGCGGCACCCCUCCUCCCGUCAUCACCUGGUGGAAGGACCAGACCCCGCUGCCACCCCCACGCCAGGGCAAGCGCCCCCAGUGGACCCUCACCCUAAAGAACCUGCAACCCCAGGACAGUGCCAAGUACACCUGCCAUGUCUCCAACCCAGCCGGGCACAUCAACGCCACCUACAAGCUGGAUGUCAUCGAGCGCUCUCACUGCAAGCCUGUCCUGACCGGCACCCACCCGGUCAACACCACUGUGGAGUAUGGUGGCACCGCCUCCUUCCAGUGUAAGGUCCACAGUGACGUGAAGCCUGUGGUCCAGUGGCUGAAGAGGGUUGACCCAGGCACAGAGGACCGCUAUAACUCCACCCUGGAAGUCGGAGGGCAGCAUUUUGUGGUUCUGCCCACAGGGGACGUGUGGUCCCGGCCUGACGGCUCCUACCUCAACAAGCUGGCUAUCAUCAAGGCCCAUGAUGGGGAUGCUGGGAUGUACAUUUGCCUGGGAGCUAACACAAUGGGUUACAGCUUCCGCAGUGCUUACCUCACCGUGCUGCCAGACCCUCAGGUGGAGAACACAGUGACUCCUCCACACCUGAGCUCCGGCCUGCCCUGGCCUCUGAUUAUUGGCAUCCCUGCAGCAGCCCUCCUCAUCGUAGGCACCAUUGUACUCUGGCUGUGCCACAGCCGCCGACGCCACAACACCUUGCCCCCCCGCCCCAUGACCAUAGCCCACCGAGACCAACACAUUUCGGACAAAGAGCCCAGCACCAACACCCCCUGUAAUACCCUGAAUAGCCCUGACUACCCCAGCCAUAGACUGGUGGGCCUGGGAGCCCCUGUCCUUAGUGGGCCCCCUAAGAUUUACUCCAACGUUUACACAGACAUGCACUCGCACACACACUCCCACUUGGAUGGUAAGGUCCAUCAACACCAGCAUUUCCACUACCAGUGCUAACCAGCCCCCUCUCAUCCCACCCCACACCUACGGCCUUGUCUCCUAGCCACUGCUGCUAUUCUCACCCAACAAUGGACUAUGAGCAAGGUAGAUGGAAACAAGGAAAGGCUUGUAGUUCAUAUGAACUACACCUCCCAUGAUAAGCAGUGCUAAAACACCAUACAGUGUCAAAACCUUUACCUGGGAUACGCAUAUUACUAAGACUAUUUCUAUUUGUAGAAAUACCGCUUCAUUGAGAAGUCUCAGGGCGAGAAAUACCCUCUCACAUGUGUGCUAGAGUCAUUUCUUUAUUAUGUGUUUUUUUAUACUAGUCAACCAAGAGCAAACUAAUUGUAUUUUAAAGGAUGAAAAUUACUUACAAAAAAGAUUUAGAUGUCUUUGGAUGCAUGUAGCCCUGGAUAAAUCAUGAAUUAGUUAAUAGGAGAAAUGACCAGGUUUAGGUUCAAUUUAGGUCAACUGAAAUUUGAUUAAAGGUAUUCCAAUUUACACAAAUGAACAUUUCGAAUAGAAUUAAUCCCAACUCUGGAAUGUACAAUUGUAUUACUAUUUUUUAACACUCAUCUAAACAUGUACCGGUAUCCAAACUCCCAAAGCAUUAAGUAAUAUAAGAAACUUUUAAGUUUGUGUAAAUUGGAAAAUGUAACUCUGACAAAUUAAAAUCUCAACAAAAUGUUUACAAAUGUGAAAGCUUUUCUAUUCUCAUUAUAGCAACACAAACUGUGCUGUUCUCGGUUCUGAUUAGGUGGUAUUAUUGUUUCAUGUAGGGAAGUACAAUUCAUCAGGGAAAUUAGAUGGAUUUGGUGAGGAGGGCUUUUUUAUUUUUGUAUUCAGAUAUUGUAUAAUAUGUAUCCAACUAAAAAAAUCAGUAUUAUUAGGAGUAGUAUUAUUCACCCUAUGUGUAAGAUGCCAAAUUAUUUUACAGCGCUAUAGAUGUGUAUUUUACUUACAUUUCUUGUGAGGUAUAUUUUUAUAUAAGGUACAUGAGGAUGAGUAUUGUACCUGUGUCUAUUGGUUUUUAAAACUCACCAAAAAGCUAUUUAGUCGUUUUUACUUUAUUCUUCUAUUUUUCUUUUGGUAACCACCAUUAUUCCAGAUUGGAUUGACCUAUGGGUCAUUUAGUGAAAAAUGACAAGUGUUGAUUGUAUUGUUCAGUUGAAUUACAACUUUAUGCUUGCCUAGUUGUCUCAUAUUUAAUUAAG